AUUACUCACAAAAGAAACAGAUCUAAUUCUAAACAAUGGCAUCCCACAAUCAGAGCUACAAGGCUGGUGAAACCAAGGGCCGAGCUGAGGAGAAGACUAGUCAGGCGAUGGGUACAAUGGGGGACAAGGCCCGAGAAGCGAAGGAGAAGACGUACGAGACGGGGCAGGCGGCAAAGGACAAGGCCCAUGGAGCAGCGGAGUCGACAAAAGAAUGGGCCAAAGAGUCCAAAGAUCAGACAGGAAGCUACAUGUCGGAUAAGGCCCAAGCGGCCCGAGAGAAGGCCCAAUCUGGAAAGGAGACGACCGGAGGGAUACUGGAGCAGACGGGUGAGAAAGUGAAGAGUAUGGCCCAAGGAGCGGCGGAAGCUGUGAAAAGCACUUUUGGUAUGGCCCACGAUGAUGACGUGGGCAAGGAGGGGACUGGGAGUGACACCACCACUUAUCGCAGGGGCUAAUUCGUAAUUCUGUUGUUGGUCUGCAUGGUUUGUUGUUGUGUUGUGUUGUGUUGUGUAACAUUUCCCUCCCUUUUUGUUGGAGGUGGUGUUUGGUGGUCUGUAUUCCAAUAAGAACAUCCUUUGUCUUUGCUA